GGUCACGUGCUCUUUCAGCUGCUGCAGCGUGCCAAGCACAAGAAUGAGAAUAAUGAAUGGGACAGCAUCUUUGACGUUACGACGACUCGGCCUUCAAUCGGGUUGCGGAUGCCUUAUGCGGACAAGCGUGCCGUAACACCGGAUCGCGAGUGGCUGGACAACCACCGGAGGGUCGCCUGCGUGAAUGUGUGCCCUCCACAAGAGGAGCUCCCCCGUUGCAUCACUCUGGCGAAGGCUGAGGGGCGGACACACGGCGAGUGGGCCAAGAACGGCAUGUGCCGGCGCACAGGGAAGGAAUUAAGCUACUGCGCGAUGCGCAUUCCCCGUGCUCCCGAGGGCCAGCGCAAUCGCCGAAGG